CUCAAACGAAAAAACUUAAAAAUAACACCUGUCAAACUGUCACCUCAAUCCCCAAAAAAUUUCGCGAAAUUUCAAGUUACCCAUUUUAAACCGUAAUCCGCUGCUAAAAGUUUCGCUAAUAUUAUAAUCAACAUACCUAAUAAUUGUAAUAAGUUAAAAUGAAAACAGGUUUGUUGUAUGGGAUCGUCGCUAGCUCGAAGACGCGGGUACGUUGCGUAUUUUGCGGUGUGUAUAUCCCAAAAGCGAGUAAAUGUAUUGAGCAGCACACGAAUGGUGCGAAACACAAAGAGAAUAUCGAGCUGAUGAACGAGAACGGCAUAUGUUUACUCGAAGACAUUCUCCACUGCAAGCCUUGCAAGCAAGACCUGUCGGAAGACGAAUCUGUUACGAAGCACAUCGAAAGCGAAGAUCAUGCGAACUGGAUGGCAGCGAUGGAUGACCUCGUGGACGGUGAGUUUAUCACGUUAGACGCCUACUUGUCUUGCGAGAAAGACGACGUAUUCUGCGAGGUGUGCAAUAGCAGCGUCAACUGCUCCCUGUUGAGUAUCGAGGAGCAUGUCAACCACAUCAAUCACCGGGCUAACAUUACCGAGCGCUUAAAACCCCUCAAUGGCAUAUUCCCAGUAGAUAAUGAUGAUGAGGUUUGGUGCAAAGUGUGCGAUGCAUACAUUGAUAAUACAGUUCAGAGCAUUCUCAGUCACAUAGAUGAUGAUGAGCAGCAUAUGGAGUGGUUUUCAGAGAUAGAAGAUCUGAUAGAGAACCAGGAUGUCUCAAUUGAGUCUUUCUUGACAAUUGAGCAUGAGAAUUUUGCGUACUGCAACAAAUGCCAUGUGGAGGUAAUUUGCAACUCAUUGACCAUUGAGAGCCACGUGAACAGUGAUGCACACUUGAACCAGUUUGGAUUAUAGGACAGCGCCCCCCGUUGUUACCGUCGUGGCUAGUGGGUUCAAUGAGUAGUAUUAUUUUUCAGUUCUGUCCAUUUCCUGUUAAUUUUUCAUUUUUAUUAUUUAGCUGAUUUGAAACGGAGCAUGUUUUAUUAUAAUUAAGAUUUGUUACAAUUCACUGAAAUAUAUCAAUACAUAAUAUUUGAACCAA